AUGUCGGAUCCUUCGAAGCCAGGCUCCUCAAAGGAGUCUUCUAACGACGCCAACGUGACCGCAGACACGAGCGACAACAAGAUGUCUCCCAUUGAGAAAAUCCCUCUCGAUGUUCUCUCCUAUGCCCUCUCCUUCAUUCCCGACAAAGCCUCGAUCCGCGCUGUCAUGCUCUCCGGUCCGAAACUCUAUAACGCUUUCAAGCAACGUGAAGCCUACAUUGCAUCAUGCAUCCUCUUCAACACUAUGGACGAACCCGUCUACCGGGAAGCCAUUGUGACCUUCAACAUGAAAAUGGCAGAAUGGAAGGGCCUUAAAGCUGGAAUCAAGGCUAUCAACCGCAUCUAUUCGAGCGAACAGCAACGUAUCUAUAGCCAGUUCCUCACGUUCGAUCGGGUCAAGGAGAUGUGGCGUCUUCAUAAAGCUGUCGAAUACUUCGCAGAACGCCUGCCUUCGUCUCUUAUUCGAAAGCAUCCAGUCGUCAAGCACAAAAAUGCAUUUUCUAUCACGCCUACUGUUCGGGUGCGGUUUCAGCGUGCGCUAUAUCGCUUGGAUGCGUGUUUGAAGAUCACGGAGCUCAUGAUUGCCUCGCAGUUACAUGAUAAUCACGGGGAAAACAGAGCCCCGACAGAAGGGGAGCAUACGGAGGCUCACUGGGUUCAUUGCCUGAAAGAUCUGGAGGAACACCCUUUCAAUACCUUUCUCGAACGCGAUAUCGAAUUGGGCACCCAGCUGCCAUACUACAUCACUCACCCCCUGUGCCCGGGGUCAAUGAGUCUCAUUGCUCAAGGCCUCCCCUUUCUGAAAGACUUUCUCACUGCGGGGUCGCGACCUCUACGAGCAAAAGUCAUACGACGGAUUAAUCCGCCCAUUGACUGGAACCCCAAUCUCCCAACCCGACCCCCUUUUCCUGGCAACGACGAACAGCUCACCUGCAUUGUUCACGAUUACGAGGGGACGCCAGGCAAAUGGGCACGGAUGGACACCCCAGACUUCAUGAUGCGAACUCCUUUCAUCAAAGAUCCCGAUCCUGGACCAGAAUGCGCAUGGCACGUCCUAAGUCGCUAUGCGAUUUUUCUAAACGAGUCCGAAGGAGAAGUUGCCCCUUACCAGUCCCUUCCAUGGGGGUACGUCUUCUGGGACAUCGAUAUGUUUGAAAAGGCCGAAUUUACCCACAUCAGGAUGGAGCAUCACAAUGAAUUCGGGUUCACCCUCGACGCAAGUCAUCCUAUCCACGAUUCCUGGCACCCCCUAGCUAAAUGGAGUUCCAAUAUGGCUACUGACCGAUUGCUCAUGUCCAGCCAGGAGAAGGUCUACCUCAAGAACCGAGGUGAAACAGGAUACUUCAAUUUUGACUCCUGGAUUCUUGGGACUGAGGCGCAUUUGUUCCAGGAGUUGAACAACAUGCCACGUGAGGUGCUGGCGGAGGCCAUGCGUGAUAUGGCCACGCCUGAACUACUGCAGCAGUUUUUCCAAACCAUGGAGGCUCAGCACCCUGAGAUUGUUCAGAUGGCUAUCGAUUUGCAGACAGUCGGGGUUGCGAAUGCUUGGGUGGCAGGCACUCAGACUGAACCUACAGUUCCUGAGGACGAGAAUGAGGAUGAUGCAAACUGAGGAUUCCAAGAUACUAGAGUAUUGCAUAGUGUUUGAGGACUGGAAGACACGUCAUCUUUCAGACAGACAGGCUCCGAGUUGUACUCCUCAGAGUGUCACCAAGUGUCUUUGGGGAAUAUUCCUUCACUGCAAUUCGACAUAAAUUCGGUUUUGGGGUUGGCCAACAUCAAGUUACCAGAUCGAUGGUCUCAAAACGAUCCUAUUUGAAACUGUUUAAGGGAUCUCGGAUAUAUAAGACUAGCUCAGCCAUGUAUCACAAGGUCGCUACGAAAGGCAUCUGAGACUGGGGGAGUUACCAAGAUCGUUAUGGACAGCUAGAGCGUUCAAGGAAU